AUGUCCCGUGUAUUCAUCAACACCAGCAUGGGUGACAUAGAAGUCGAGCUGUACACCCAACACGCGCCCAAAACUUGUCGAAACUUCUCUGAGCUCGCCAAACGCGGGUACUAUGAUGGCACAAUCUUCCACCGUAUCAUCGCGGACUUCAUGGUGCAAGGUGGGGAUCCGACAGGAACGGGCAGGGGAGGGACGAGUAUUUUUGGAGAAAAGUUUGAAGACGAGAUACACCCGGAGCUGCGGUUUGUUGGUGCAGGGAUACUCGCCAUGGCCAACUCCGGACCGAACAGCAAUAGCUCCCAAUUCUUUCUCACGCUCGCCCCAACUCCGUAUCUCGACGGCAAGCACACCAUUUUUGGUCGCGUAAGCAAGGGCAUCCGUGUACUCCAGAGGCUCGGCGCGGUCGCGACAGACCGGAACGACCGGCCGAGAGAAGAGGUCAAGAUAUACAAAGCCGGCAUCGUAUCAGAUGAAGAGAUUUAG